AUGUGUGGGUUGAGAUGCUUCACAAAUAUAUUAAGGCCUUUCAUUUUAUUGUUGACAAGUAUUGUACCUAUUGUUGUUGCAGAAUGCAUUUUCGAUCAAGGCAGCUAUUCUUGUUUUAAGAUUACGCAACUUGCAUCAUCACUUCCCAAUCUAAUUGUUGGACUUAUACCAGAUGGCAGCCUAGACUCAGAUACAGGAGCUCCCUGGUUGACAGGAAUGACACAGGCAAUUUUUACAGGAUUAGUUCCACGAUCCUGGACUGUUGCAAAUACUGGUGUACAAGGUUGGUUGGACAAGGACUUAGCAGAAAUAAAAGCAGGAAGAAAUUUUGUGACAGUAUUUGAGGCUGAAGAAUUGCUUAUUAGAGAAAACCAUUUUUUGGAUGCACACUCGCGUUAUGGCAUGGCAUGCUUUAGCAUUGGGUUAAAUAAUUAUAAAUUGCGUUACGAAAAAGAAAGGUGGACAACUGUAAAGCUUAGACGAUUGCACACAAAACAUGCUGAAAUUCCCUUAACCUGUGGUUUAACAUGCCAAAAACUUAGGAACAAGAUUUGUAAAGACUUAUAUGGGGUUAGGCUUCUAGUAUUCCGAAAAAUAUUUUAUGUGACAAUCAUGAUCAUUGAUACAUUAGCUAUUGUAAUUGCUUGGACUGCGCUGUGGUGCUUACUCAGUCUGGAUGUGCAGAUAAAAAAGAAUUUAACUUUUGCUGCUAUGAUUCUUUCUCAAAUACUUGGAUUCAUACUUCUUGUUGGAACGGCUGUAUUGGCUGAUUACGAAAUAAAGAAACGCACAAAUAAAAUUGUUCCCUGCAGAGGAGGUGAGAGCAUAUCAUACCUUGAACGCUGGGAUUAUGGUUUGGAAAGCCCAGAGCUUGUAUUCAUCUACAAACUUAAAAAAAGUGCAACUGGUAAGCAAGGGAAAGAAAAAUAUUUAGUGGAUGUAGCAUUGAAAUGGAGUAAAUUUUUGUGCAAUAAAGAACAAAAGAUUGCUGAAUGCUUAGAGCACUCUAAAGAGUUUUUGGACGAUGAAAGUGUUGCAGGAACUUUUAAGUUCAGAUUACAAAUGUUAUCAACAGAAAAUAAUGAAUGUCCAUGUCGUGUCAUAAUGCGGUCAUUGCUGCGAGCGCUUAUAAUGUGUUCAGACAAAUUUUUAAUAGAAGGCGAACGAAGAAAACAGAAGCUUAUAGAUGACAAGCAUAUCAACAGUUGUUUCACACCACUUCCCAAUCCUCUACACGAUGAUGGUUGCCCUCAAUUGCUUGGUCGACGAACUGGAGUCAAUAAAAUGACACACAACCAUUCUGGUACAGAUUUAGAAAUCCCUAUUGUUGCAUGGUGCACCUUCUGGAAAUGUCGAAGAAAAAAAGGGAAAGAUAUAAUUGCAAGUUUAGGUAUUGUUAUUGGAAUAAUUGGGAUUCUUAGUGGGCUGUUUCUCCAAUUAUUUACUGAUGAAUAUGGCAUAUGGGUGGGUGCUGCUUUUAGCAUUUGUGGAUUGAUAUUGUCUCCAUUGCGCACAUUCGCACGUAAUAUGAAAAGUCCACACUAUCAAAUAAAUGAACAAGGUAAUAGAAAUUAA